UUCAAGGCAGCGUCACCAAGAGAGGAAGAUGUCUAUUACGGGCAGCGAGCUCGUACCAAAUCUUGUCGACGUGAAUGACUCAUUCAAUGAGGUCCACUCGUUGCCAACGUGGCACGGCAACUGUUGUUUCAGCCUGAACUCCGACUUCCUAGUUUUAGCGGCGUAUCAUACACUUUUUCGUCAGUGAACUCGCCCUAAAAAUACUCGAUCCCAGGAUAAAUUUGUCUGCGUGUUCGGGAGGCCAAUGCGAUGUGCACUCAUUUCAUCAGGUGGCCGACCGAUGACACGGUGCAGAAGAGAACGAGGCGCUCCCUCUGCGCCGAAACACGCCUCCGUUCGACAGCGACGACAAGACGCAGACUGUCAGAAGAGUAUCCGUGCUGUCUGUCCAUCGUGUGUACGCUGCUUGGUUCUGCAAGUCCCGCAUUGGCUUAGUGACGUAACGAUGAUUGAGUGGACGACGCUGCACGUAGCACCGCAGGACAGGCGUCACGGAUGUCGUCAAACCGGACCGGCUUGCAUUGUUUUCCUACGAAACCGCGACCGUUGUCAGAUUUCAUAAUAUAGUGAAGUCGUGGAUGGAGCUGAAUGCGAGCAACCUCGUACCGAGCUUCAUUGUUGCUCAAAAUCAACAGAUUUGACGCUACUUUGAAGUUGCUGUUUGUCGAGAAAGCAAGGACGAGAACAACAAUUUCGUAAUGGGAUGUG